AUGGAUCCACCGAUCAGCCCGAAGGACACGAAAACCGAGAACGGCUCGCCGGAGAAUGACGAGGAUUCGGAAUCGCUGGACGUGGGCGAACUCUACUUGGACCGCCGGAACGUCGACUCGUGUUAUCUCGCUGAAGUCUUACAUACGAGGUUCAAUGAAGUUGCUCAUAGAUAUUAUAAUAGCCUAACAUAUUCCAAAAACUUGCAAAAAAAAUUAUCAUCAUUAAAUAAUUUAUAUGAUGUACUUCAUACAACAUACUACUUAUCUAAGGAAGAUAAAAGUGUUGAAAUAUCAAUUAUACCUCAAAAUUCUAAUGAAGAGACCAUAAAGCCAGUAAUAAAAUUGACUGGACAACAAUUACUUAUACAAUUAACUGUGAAAACAGGACUUAGAUUAUUUUUCACAUUGUUUAAACAAAAUUGCGAAAGUAAAAAUUGCGAUGACAUAAAUAUGGGUUUAGAAGAACUAAAUACUGUACUAACAAUGAUGAAAGAAUUAAAUCCACUUACUUUAGGUAGUAAAUCUGAACUAUCCCAACUUUCUUUGGAUUGUUUAGAUAAUGUUACGCAUUUUAUAAAAGAAUGUUUAACUUCAGAUUUCACAAAAAAUAUGAAUGUUAAAGAACAACUUGCAGAAUUAUCAUUAUUAUUAGCUUACCAGAGAGAAUCUCUUAUUUAUUUAUUGGAAUGGAUUGAUAUGGCUUUAAAUAUUGAUGAUAUUUGUUUGCCAUUUGAAAAACUUUAUCGAGUUUUGGAUGAAAUGUCAUCCAUAUUGACUUUUACCUUUGGAUCGGAAGAAUUUGAAAAUUAUAAAUCUAGAAAUCGUAUGCCACUACAAGAUAUUGCUUUAUUGCUAAUGAAAAAACUUGUUAGUUUUGGAGAAGCUUCUGUUGUCCGUACUCCAUUCAAUCAGAAUUCUGCUGAAUUACCUCAACCUUUAAGUGAAGUAUUCUUUUGUGGUAGUAAUUCUUCAAAACAAAAUGCGGUAGAACCAACAAAAGUAGCGUAUAUACCAUCCCUCGUUACAUGUCUAUCAGAUGUACAACAAUUAGAAGCAGGAUAUAAUUGCACAUUUAUUAUAGACAAAAAAGGUUGUGUUAGUGCUUGUGGAAAAAAUAGUAAUGGUCGCUUGGGAUUAGGUAACUCAUCAACUGAACCAGACCCUAAACAUAUUAACAUAAAUUGCAAAAUUAAACAAGUAUCUUCAUCAAAAGGCUUUGAUGGCCAUUCAUUAGCUUUAAGUGAUAGAGGAGAAGUAUAUAGUUGGGGAGAUGGUGAUUAUGGAAAAUUAGGACACGGCAAUGUUGCUACACACAAAGCACCAAAACUAAUCCAAGGGCCAUUUAUUGGUAAAGUAAUAGAAUUAGUUAGUGCUGGUUAUAGACAUAGUGCUGCAGUUACUAGUGUUGGAGAACUAUACACUUGGGGUGAAGGAAAUCACGGUCAAUUAGGACAUGGUGAUUGUAAUCCUAGAUUUAUACCCACACUUGUUGAAAGUUUAAGUGAUAUGCCAGUUGGUUAUGUAGCUUGUGGCUCAACUCAUACAUUGGCUUGUUCACGUGAUGGAAAUACCGUUUGGUCUUUUGGUUCUGGAGAUAAUGGAAAACUUGGUCAUGGUAAUACAAUAAAUUUGUAUAAGCCACAAAAAAUUGCCGGAUUGCGAAAUUACAAAAUUAAAAAAGUUGGUGCUGGAAUACAUUUUUCUAUGGCAUUAACUUGCACUGGUGAAGUAUUGACUUGGGGUCAAGGAUCAACUCUUGCGCGUGGUACACCAGAAAUUACACUCUUGGUGCCAGCUGUGGUUGAAGAUCUAACGGAAAAAAUAAUAAUUGAUAUUUCUGUUGGGGAUUCGCAUUGCUUAGCACUGACGAGGAAUUGUACAGUAUAUGCAUGGGGUUCCAAUGGGAAAGGCCAAUGUGGACAAGGUCAUUCAACAAGUCCUGUAAAUCGUCCUAGCAAAGUAAUUAAUUUGGAAGGUAAACAAAUAAAUCAAAUUUCCGCUGGAACUUCACAUAGUGUUGCUUGGACAACAUUACCACCACACAGGCAAACAAAUGUAUGGCAUAGUGCUUUCUGUAUUGAUUUACAUGAAAGAACAUUUAAGUGGUUAAGACAGUUAAUUGAGAAAUAUUGCGAACAAAUUGAAUCUCAUAAAUCUACAGCAAAUGAUAUUUAUGAAGAAAUGUUAAUUUUGAGUCUAAACAUGCUUAAUAAUCAUUUGUUUUUUGCCCGUGUAUCUGGUCAUAACUUUUCUAAACUGCUUGGUAAUGAAACUAAUCAGCUUUGUACACUUAUUUUAAAACUUGUAAACUUGCAAGUAAAAGAAGUAGUAGAAAGAAGUGUAAUGAAUUGCUUAUCUACUGGUGCAUCACUUCUUUUACCUCCAUUAUCUGGGUGUCUAAAUAUUGUCAAAUCUCUUCUUGCACAAGAUACAAAUUUAACUAUACGACAAAAACUGCUUUUAGAUAUCACAGUUUCCAGUUUAAAUGGUAAUAGUCAUAUAAGUUCAUUGUUUCGAGUUAACUCUAUGGGCCUUUAUGAAAAUCAAUAUUCAUCAAUUGAAGAAGUUAUGAAGCUGCUAUUAAGACAUUUAACAAAUAGAAUUGUAACUUUGUUGGAGUCAAAUAAUUCCCAUACAUUUAAAAAUGUGAACAAUGUGGAUAUGAAACUUACUUCCCUUUAUAAGUUAUUAUUAUCACAUUUAUUGGCAUAUAAUAUAAAGUUUUCCCAUUUUAGUGAUUCUUGCCCUAGUAUGAAGCGUUUUUUUAUUAAUCACUUGGAAGAAUACUUAUUGUAUGCCAACAAAAUAUUUACAAUGGUCAUUGAUUCUUAUAAAGAUGAAUAUCAUAUUUUCUACAACAAUUUUUUAACUUCAUCAAUAGUUGGAGAAACAAUGAUUAAUACACUGAAUUCAUUGAUAUUUGCACAAUGUGAACACAUUCAACCUCUCAUAACAUUUUUAAUAAAUACAGUUCAAUCACUUCAUACAUUAAACCAAAAAAUGUGUUCAAAUGAUCCUGAAAAGAUUAAUGAAUCUGUAUGGUUUAUUGAAUUAGAAUCAGCAUUUUGUUUAUUAAUUGGCCAGUUAAUAAGCUAUGGAGUAAGAAGUUCGCCUUUAUGCCCAUCAGAAAUAUAUAAUGAAUGUUGGUUAAAAAGUAAACUGUUUUCUAAGGGGAUUGAAAAAUUAGAAGAUAAAAUCAUAUUUGAUGAUAUAGAAGAUCAAUUGAAAUGUAUUAUUACUCAAGGGUUCACUGUAUUGGAACAUAAACUACAUUUUAUACCUUUACCAUAUUUAAAUUUAUUAAAAUAUAUACUAUGUGAUUAUGAACAAAAUGAAGAUAAUUCCAUAUUGGCUAUCUGCAAGAAUUUUAAGGAUAAAUAUGAAAGUUUCUUAAAAGAUAAUAAAUAUAAUAUGAUAGCACAUUUAACAUUACCAUUGUUUUAUAUUACAUUAAUAAAAAUUGAUGGUAGACCUCUUAAAGACUUAGUGUUAAAUAAAAAACUUGUUUCUUUUAUAAAUGAUAUUUGUAUGAAAAUGUAUUUUGCUAUUGUUAAUAAUCAUACUGAAAAAUCUGCUACAUUUUCUGAAAAUAGUUCUCUGAGUUCUGAAUUGGAUGAGUACUUGUGCUUAAAUAUUUCCAGUAAAUGCUGUUUUUUGUUGACUGCUGUUCGCGGAAUGCAUGGCGAUCCAUCAUUACCUAAUAAACAUCUUUUAAAUGGUGAUUUGACUAAUGCUAAUAAAUCAGUAUUAGAAUCAGUUUUAGAGUUUGUUUUUGAUUCUAAACAAGCUACCAAUCCGUGUGCAUUAAUACAAGCAUCAAAAGUAGAAGAAAUCAGAGCACAUAAUCGAUUGGUUGCAUUUACUCGCAUUACAAAAAUGUUGAAAAUUAUUGAUUUUGUACAAGACUCAUCCAAUCAUAUCUCAUUGAGUCAUAUGUGUAAGGUAUUUGAGGCAUUUAUUUGUGGUCUUUUGGAGUUAUACCAGUCACAAUUAAAUAAGAAAAAGGGACAUCAUACUAUUGAUCACUAUUAUUCAGCUAUUAAUUCAGUUCCAAGAUCAAUUAAAAGACAGAUUCUAAAUGCUGUUCUUAAUAUUUACAAACAAUUUGAAUUAUAUUUAAGGAUGGAUUCUGCGACAUCAGAAUUAUGUUCUAUUCAAAUAUGUAUUCUUUCAUUACUUAACAUGCAUUUUACAUCGUCAGAUUUCGAGUAUUUAUUGUCAAAUAAUUUACCUGAAAUGUUGGUUAGUACGUGUAAACUCCAUGUUCCGUUUAUGUCUACUGAUCGAUACUCAUUAGUACUAGUAAAAAUGACAAGUAAUAUUUUAUACAUUUUGGCAGUAUCUGGAUGCAAUGCAAAUUCUAGUUUUGAAAGUAUUAGAGCAGUUUUUGUGAAUGUACAUAAUCUUUUAGAUAUACUAAUAAAUUUAAGACAUUCUUCUAUUUCGGGACAAACUUUUUCUGAAAAUCCAAAUAAUGUGCUAGAGUAAGUAAAGCAGAUAAACUCUCCAGAUUCAUAUCCAGUCCAAAGUUAUAUUUGUGAUUUAUUAUCAUUUGUUUUACAAUGCACAUCAUUUUUUCCUUUGUAUAUAAGUUCUCACCAAUGGACUGAGACUCUUCUACGACUAGCUCAAUGUGCAAGUACUAUGUUUUUAGCUGAACAUUUUCGCUGCAAACUUUUAAUUUUGAGAUUAUUACGUCAAAUAUUGCCCUAUUUAAAAUCAUCCGAUAGUGACCGUAAAAAAAUUGUGAAGACACUUUUUGAUCAAUUGGGUACUAAUAUGUGGUUAAUUCCACAAAAAGUUGAAAAUAUAUCCACAUACUUGAAACAAAUAGACUUAGGUAAACAAAUGUCUAACAUAUAUUUAAAUGAUAGUAUAAGUAAUCAUAAUAUUGAUAUUGGUGAGUUACCAUUUUCAUUUCAUGAAGAAAAGAGUUUCAAUUGUAUCAUUGAAAAUAGUCAUACAGUUAUCCAUGCUUAUGGUGGAAGAGCUUAUGCUCUAGGAUCUACUCCUUUAGAAAGAGGUGUUUAUCAAUGGAAGUUUUUUAUUUUGAGAGAACAUAAAAGCAACGAGGGUACAUGUAUUGGUAUAUCAAAAUAUCCCAUUAAAGAUCAAAACUAUAAAACCACUUCUGAUAUGUGGCUAUACAAGGCUUAUAAUGGUAUUUUAUAUCAUGGUGGUCAGAUAUCCCUUGUACUUAAAUCAUUUACUCAAGGUGACUACAUUACAGCAAUUUUUGAUACUGAAUUAAGAACUCUUAGCUUCGCUAAGAAUAAUGAUUAUCCAGUCGUAGCUUUCCAAAACAUAGAUACAAAAACAAAUCUUUAUCCUUGUGUAUUAUGUUACACUACUGCCACUGAACAAAAGAUUAAAAUAAGUAAUUAUAGAACUGAUCGAAAUAUAAACACUGAACUUUUUGCUGGAGAACCUUAUUUAGCACCCAUGUUUACAUGUAUCACUGAAAAUUAUAUUACAACAAUACGGACAUUGCAUAACACUGAUCAGUGGUGGAUUGAGGUGAAUGAGUGUCUCUUAGAACAACUUUCAUUUUUAAAAGGAGUUCUACCUGAAGUACAUUUCAAAGAAAGAAUAUUAGAUAUAUCUGGAUCUAUUCAAAAAGAACCCAUUUGUGAACUUAUUGAAGAGGUUGAUAUAAAUGUUUUAUGUGAAAAAGUAUGGCCUGCAUUAGCAGUAAUUGGAGGCCUUGAUCGUGGUCUAAGAGUAGAUGGAAGAUGUUAUGAUUUGGAUCAAAAAUCAUUUGGCACCAUAGUGGGAACUUUAAAAAAUGGUUUCACUGCAGCAAAAGUAAUGCAGGAAGACAAAAAUGAUAAUGUCAGUGAUGUAUCAUUUCAAUCAUUAUUACCAUGUAAUAAUAUUAAAUUUAAUCCCACACGAUUGGAACAUAUUCCAACAUUAUCAUUGUAUUCGAUUGGUCGAUUGAGUGGUGUCACAAAUGAAUUGGUGCCUCCAAAUAAUUCUCAAGCUAAUAAAACAUCUGAUAAAUGUCACAAAGAAAAUGCUGUUGAUUCAUUGGAUUUGUUCUCUAAUCUAAUGGAUAUGAAUAUCUUAGAUCAACUAUCAGAAAUAGAUACUAACCCAUCUUCAUGUAGUAAAAAAGAUUUAGACAAUACAACUAAGUAUGUAUUAAUUGAUUUCUCUAAUACUUUUAUUUAAUUAUAUUGUAUUAAUGUUAUUUACAGGGUUUCUCUAGCUAAUGAAAUUAAACUAUUCAAACUAUGCGCAUUACAGACUAGUGCAUUAAAAAGUCUAGAAGUUAUUAUGACUAGUUCUAUGUGUGUUGAUAUGUUAAUCAAUCCCAUUUCUUUGAAAAUAAAACAAUCAACGGAUGCUUAUAAAAAUGCAACAUGUGAUAGUACAAAGAAACUUGAUAAUAUUAAGGAAAAUGGUACCAUGAAUAACAUUUUAAUAUUUCUUUUCAGAUGUGCGUUUGAAAAAAGUUUAUGUUCAAAGUAUUUAGUUGUUGAAACAGAUAUGAUUGAAUCUGAAAGAAUACUAAACAUACUUUACAAUAAUUAUCUUAAAGAAUGUGCUGAAAAUAAAUAUAAAAUACCAAAUUCACAAAAUCGUUUAAAAACUUCAAUAGAUUUUCAAGAAAGUAAUAAUGUGAAACGAAGAGAAUCUAUUUCUGGGGAAACAUCUAGAAUAACUGAUGACAGUUCUAGAAGAAUUGGAAGUUCUCAUGGUAAUAAGUUACAUCAAUCAAAUACCAUAUUCAAAUGUCCUGGUAUUACAAAUAAUACUGAUGAUCCUAUGAACAGAGCUAUUUCAAGCAUGGUUUCAAUUACUUCAGAUGUAGAGCAACAUGAAUCUUUGCAGGAAACUCCUCUACAUAUACAUGUUCAAAUUUUAGAAAAUAUAGAAAAUGAAGAGAUAAAUAAUUCUUGUACACAUAUUGAUAGUGUGGUUUUGCCUUCAAUGAACCGAAACCCAGAAUUCAAUGUUUCAGAACUUCAAGUACCGACCAAGAUAGAUGAUUCUGAACCAAAAACUUCACAAAUACUUAGAUCUACUGUUAACACCUCAUGUGUAAACUGCCAAGAAAAAAUUGAAAAAUUAAAAACUUCUGAUUUUGUUAAACCCAAAAGAUCUCUAACGUCAGAUUUUACUCAAGUUUCUAAGCUAAUGGAUCAUUAUAACUAUCUUAAUGAGCCGUUCGAUAUGAAUAUGAUUUGUGAACAAUUGAAUCACUGUAAAUUUAAACCAGAGAGCGUAGAUGAUAAUAGCAUGGACAACCUUGGAAUGGAGGUUGUUCCAUCCCUCAUAAGCAUUGAAGGCAGUUUUCAAAAAAUAUCUCAACAUGCUUUUAUAAACAAAUCUUUGGCUUUGGAGGCGGCAUUAAUGACAUCAGCAGAAGAACGUACAAAAGCUAUUAAUCGAGUAUUUCAUACUAUGUCACAUUUAGUAUCUAGAAAUAUUGUCAUAAAUAUUUUAAUGUCACUUAUUCAUCGGAAAUUUGAAAGUGAAGAUAUAGUUGUAUGGAAACUAGACAAGCUUGGUUUUACAAAUGUUCCCAAAAUAUUGCAAUUUAUUCGACUUCUACUUAUUAUGAAUGUAUGGACUGAUAGAGAAUACAAUGAAAAAGAAAUAUUGCCAAACAAAAUAGAAAAAAAUAUUAUAGGAUUAUUAUCAAACACGAUAAUAACAUUAGCUGAACAUUAUCGACCCGCUUAUAAUUAUACAAUAUCCAUACCAGUUCAAGACAUUUUUACCAUAGCAAGUGAAGGAAAUUUAAAAAUGCAACAUAAUUUAAAAGUUACCAAAUUAGUUGUAAAUGAAUUUGUAAAAAAACUUAAUAUAUUUUCAAAGCAUGAUGAAACUGGAGCAUUAAAUCCAAUUGAAAAUGAUAAUAAACCAUCAGUUAAAAUGCUUAUAAAUGCAUUAUCUGCAUGUUCAUUGUCUCAUGUUGUUAGUAAUGAUAUUAAACAUUGGGCGUGUAAGCAAUUAGUAAAUAUACUAGUUAAUAAAUCUUUACGAAGACAACAAUUAGUUCUACCCAAUGAAUCUGAUUUUUUGGGUCCUUUAAAACGACGUCCAAUAGUGAAACUGGAAGGGCACCAGAACCGUAUAAAUCAUGUAAUAUGGCAACCGAAAGUAAAAUCCCUUGCAACUUUUGGAUUUGAUGGAACAAUGAGGUUAUGGAAUACUGAUUUAAGAAUAGAAACGACACUUGUGUUGUUUAAGUCCACACAACUCUAUGAUAAUGAUUUAAAUGGAGAAUUAAUAUCUGAACUUGCAUGGUCACCUUCUGGAUCAUGUAUUGCCGCAUCAAUGGAAGGAACUCUUAAUAUUUAUACAAUUCAAAGACAUGUUUUUCAAGAAGAUGAAACUUGCCUAUCAACAUAUACUCAAGAUGCUUGGAUAACAGCUAUAGCAUGGUCUGGAAUUUCAAUAAAAAAUUCUUAUAAUUUUGAUCCUCAGUAUUUAUUAGUUGGAGGUGUUGAUGGUUCUGUGAAUAUAGCUAUUGUUGAUUCACUUAAUAAAAUCAUGUAUGAGAAACUUGAUAAUUUUUGUCGACUUGGAGAUCCAGUUUCUCAUAUAGUAUGGCAUGAUGAUUCGGUGCCAUUUGCUAUAGCAUUUUCUUCUGGUGCCAUAAUAGUGGGUAAUAUUCAACCAAUAACUAAACCUGAAACAUUAACAAUAUGUCAAAGUCCUAUAUCUACAUUGCAAUGGUCAAAAAGGUUUGACAUACUAUCUGUAAGCAAUGUAGAAGAUACAUCCAUUAGACUGUGGAUUAAAAAACAAAAUUGUUGGGAAAUAUUUCAUGAACUGAAUCAUUCAAAUGAGCCUACUUGUGUAAUUUGGUCCCCUACUGUGGGUAAUAAAGGACUGUUACUUUGUGUUGGUACUGCUGCUGGAUCUGUUAAUGUUUGGUUAAUACCUACUCCAUUUUCUACAUUAAAACCCAGAGUACUAUACUCAUUCCAAGGACACAUGUUUAAUUCUGUUACUUCAAUGAGCAUCAAUGAUAGUGGCUUAGUACUGGCGACAGGUUGUAGCAAAGGAAGUAGUGGUAUAAUAAAUAUUUGGUCGCUGUUUGAUGGCAGUUUGUUAAACACGCAUACCGGAUCCGGUGGUGUAGAUGAUUUAUGCUGGAUGGAGGACCAACUCGGACUUGCUGUUUGUUUUGCUCAAUCUAAGGAUGUAACGGUCAUAAAGUUUAGUGCUGAUAAUCUUACACAUAAUCGAUUCAAAUCAAUUGCUCAAAGUGCUUUAUACUGUCGUGGACUCCAUAAUGUUAAAUACUUUUGUAAAUUUAUAAACUCAUUACCUGACUUACUGCAGUUGCAAAUGAACCGUGAGAAACACAAAGUGCUAAUGGGUGAUCGCCUUCUAUAUAGUGAUUAUUUAAAAGGACUCAUUGGGAUAGCAUUGGAAAUUUGGCCACAUCAAACAUUUAGUUUAACAUUUGUACCACCAAAUACAAGUCAUGGAUCUGAAUUUUGCGAAGAAUGGCAGUGGUUACAAAGAUUAAUCACAGUUUUGAAUACUGCGAAAGCCUUAUUAACAAGAAAAAAUUUCCCUGAGACGUUUAUAAGCUACUUUUCAUCUGGUUUGAAUGAAGAAAAUGAUGAUCAUAAUUUAUGGUCUGAAGCUAUUAGCAACAAUAAGUGGACUUUAGAAGCUGAUCAGCAAAUUAUUCAAUGGUUUAAUACAACUCCUCACGAUUGGCAACCAUAUACCAAAUGUGAUGCAUAUCUUUGGGGUAAUGGCCGAAAUGGACAGUUGGGAAAUACUGGUAUAUUAUCUGUUGGUCAAUGUACUAAUAUAUGGUCACCUACAAAAAUUCAGAACUUUAAAAUCGCUCAACGUAUAGUUUGUGGGCAAAACUGCACUUUUGUUUUGACUAGCCAAGGGACAGUGUUAUCAUGUGGUGAAGGUAAUUAUGGCCGCCUAGGUCAUGGACAUUCUGAUAGCCUUCCCAAUCUAACCAUGAUAUCAGCUUUACAAAGAUUUGUAAUUACUCAAGUAUCCACAUAUAUUGGUUCGGAUGGACAUAGCUUAGCUUUGACAGAGACUGGAGAAGUCUUUUCUUGGGGAGAUGGUGAUUUUGGCAAACUAGGACAUGGUAACAAUGCUCCACAGAGAAAGCCAAAACUUAUUGAAUCUCUAUUGAAUGUAGUAGUUAUUCAAGUAGCCUGUGGACAUAAACACAGUGCUGUAUUAUCCCAAGAUGGUGAAGUUUAUGUGUUUGGAAAUGCUGAACAUGGUAAACUAGGUUUAGGUGGACAUGUACACAAAAAACAUCCAACAAAAAUAGUUCAUAAAGACUUCUUGAAUAUAAAACACAUUGCAUGUGGACAAAAUCAUACUAUUUGUAUUGGAGAAAAUGUUGUUUGGGCAUUUGGGGAUGGAGAAAGUGGUAAAUUAGGAAUUGGAAGCAAAAAAGAUAUCUAUGUUCCACAAGCAAUCAUUACACUAACUGGAAAAAAUAUUAAGAAAGCGUACUGUGGAAAUAUCUUUACAAUGUUCCUUUCAGAAGAUGGUGAACUCUAUUCGUGUGGAUCGGAUAAUUUACAAGAUACAACAGAUGAUUUAUAUACAGAAAAAUGGAACCCGGAAAAAAUAUCUGAAUUUCAAGGCCAAAUUGUAACUGAUGUAGCUACUGGUCCAAAUCAUGUAUUAGUAUUGACUGAUUGUGGUGAUGUAUGGGCUUGGGGUAAUAACUGUGGAGGUAUUCUUGGAUUUGGUCAUGCUUUACCUGUCCAAAAGCCUAUGAUUAUUCCAAUUUUAUCUGACAAAAAUAUCAAACAAAUUGCAACUAGUAGUACUCAUUGUGCUGCAUGGACAGCAGAACCAUUUUUAAGAGAUUUUACAAAUAUUUCACAUGGUGACUUACCAGCAUCAAUUCCUUACCAAUAUGGAUAUUUACAAGAAUAUAAAAUUGCAUCAAUCGCUACUAGAAUGAAGUGCUUGCAACAGUUUUCAAAUAUUUUGUAUACAUGUUGGCAAUUAAUUCCGUUUAAUACUGCUGAAUUUGAUUGGAGUAACAUCAAACGUUGGCAUUGGUUAGCUGAUAAAAGGCUUAAAUGUUUAUAUACAAAUAAAAUCAUAAAUUUACCAUUUAUGAAAAUUAUUAGUCGUACAAUGAAUCAUAGUCAAAAUUAUAGUCCUCAAAUAAUCGUAAAACGGUUUAGUAGUAAUGGUACUAGUAUGAGUAUUUUUGAACAAGUUGCCAAACAAGUUGUCAACAUUAAUGCAGAACAACUCAGAGUCCCAUCUAGACCUUGGAAGGUGAAAUUAGUGGGUGAAGGAGCAGAUGAUUCAGGAGGUGUAUUUGAUGAUACUAUUUCCCAGAUGAUGGAAGAACUUCAAACCUUGAAAUUACUUAUUUUGACACCAAAUGGCAGAAAUGAAACAGGUUAUAAUCAAGAUCGAUUUAUAUUUAAUUCAAAAAUGAACCAUUUUCAUCAGCUACAACAAUUUAAAUUCCUUGGAAUACUUUUUGGCGUUGCUAUUAGAACUAAGAAACCCUUAGCUAUUUCUUUAUCACCAUUAAUUUGGAAAAUGAUUAUUGGAGAAUCAUUAAAUAUAUCAGAUUUAGAAGAAAAUGAUAUUUACUAUGCACAAAACUUGACAAGUAUACAAAAUAUACAUCAAACUGGAGUUACUGAAAAGAAUUUUGAAGAAUCGAUACCUUUUUUAAAUAUGACUGGUACUGAUUGGAUGGAUAAUACUGUGUCAUUAAUUCCAUAUGGUCAUCAUGUAUCAGUUACAUAUUCCAAUAGAUUAACCUUUUGUAAAUUAGCAUUGAAACAAAGGUUUCAUGAGAUGGAGGAACAAAUAUUAGCAGUGCGAAGAGGUCUUUCUGCAUUAGUACCUCUGCCAUUACUUACAUUUCAAACUGCCGAAAAUCUAGAACGUAUGAUAUGCGGACUACCCAAUAUAUCAAUAUCAGUUUUGAAAACUAUUGUUAGAUAUAGAGAAAUGGAUGAACACUCUCAAAUCGUCCAAUGGUUAUGGGAAAUUUUAAAUAGUUUUUUGGAUUCUGAGAAAGUAUUAUUUUUACGAUUUGUUUGUGGACGAUCACGUCUUCCAUCUAACUUAUCGGAUUUUUCUCAAAAUUUCCAGAUCAUCAAAGUUGAAGAUAAAAAAGAUGGUUUACCCACAGCUCAGACAUGCUUCUUUCAACUGCGGUUAACUGAUUAUAGUAGCCGUGCUGUUUUUGAAGAAAAGCUCAAGUAUGCUAUUAACAAUUGCCGGACAAUAGAUAUGGAUAAUUAUGUGUUAUUUAGAAGUGAAGAUGUUGACUCUGACGAUGAUUUAGAUAUUAUAUCAAUAGAAACCUAUUAGCUAA